AUGAAACGAUUGGAUGAAAGAGUGCGGGCUUUAGCUGCUUCCAAGGCUGAAAGCCCCGGCCGAGAUGAGCCUGAGUGGAUGGCUAUGGUGGAGGAGAAGCAUAGUACUCGGGAAGGUUUGAAGAUCUGUUCGCAACUGGCUGCCCAGAUUGAGCAACUCGAAUCAGCCUCGAAAGAGCACCCGCAGUUCUUGCAGCAGCCUUCAGCACAUAUGUUCAUUAGGAGUGGCUUGGGUGUCGCCAAAGGCUCUAUCCAAUCCCUAGUAUCACGGCUUCCAACCCAUGAGAAUGUCAUCGACAAAAGAAUGGAAGCGAUGAGGUCUGCAGUGCCCUUGUCUGAGCACGAAGCUACCCAAAUUGCACAGCUUCAAGAGGCCAAGGAGAGCCUUCGCCAAUGCAUGAGCGUUGUCGCUGAUGCGGGCGAGACUUUGACUAAUGAGCGGUGCAACAUUUUCGAAGACAUAACUCUGGCUGACAGCAGCUACGGCAUUUCGGUCUCGACUGUGAAAGACCUCGUUGCGAGACGACUUAACUUGAGCGGCCAGGCCCGUUAUUUGGGUGGUCAGAUCAGCAAUGAGAGCUACCAGAGAACAAUCGACGGCCUGACACAACUGGACCUAGAAAGUGUCAAGUCGAAUGGACAAGGCGUCGGGCAAACGCCUUCUACUGAAGGGCCUAACAGUGGCGGCGUAAUGUCGCAUAGGUUUGAGCGUUAUGGGCGUGGUUUCAACCUACCAAACGAGCCAUAG